CUCACAAACUUCUCACAACUAACAUCAACAUAAACCUACCACACACGACUGGGUAGCAGCAGGAACCUAUCAACAACAUAUCCUUCUCACAAAGGAAAAAACAGAAACCUGCAGAAAAGAAAAGGUGAACCCUCCCCCAUCCACAGCAGAAACCAAACCACAAGCCACUCGCCCACCGCUUCCUCCUCACCAUGUCCGAACUCGAUGUUGAAGCCCUCCUGGACUCCACCGCUGCAACAUCUACUGAACAAAAUGGUAGUUCCACCACCAAGCCCACCCGCGACGGCGACGACCGCCACCGCACCGAGCGCAACGAGCGUCGCGACCGCGACCGACUCCGCGAGCCCAGCCGGGACAGGAAACACCGUAAUCGCAGCGCGGAGAUUGAUGAGGAUGCCAAGAAGCCGGGGAGCGAGCAUGGGAGCGCGCAGGGGAGCCAGAAGAGUGAGAGACGGAGAAGCAGGAGCCCGAGGGGUGGUAAGGGGAGUCGCGAUGGGACGCCGCCGCUGACGGAGGAUGAGAGGGAUAAGAGAACUGUUUUUGUGCAGCAGCUGGCGGCGAGGUUGAGGUCUAAAGAACUGAUUGCAUUCUUCGAGAAGGUUGGCCCCGUCAAGGAGGCGCAGAUCGUCAAAGACAGAGUUAGCGGCAGAUCCAAGGGUGUUGGUUAUGUCGAAUUCAAGAACGAGGAGUCUGUUGCUGCGGCCAUUCAGCUUACGGGCCAGAAACUCUUAGGCAUCCCCAUCAUCGCGCAGCUCACAGAAGCCGAGAAGAAUCGUCAAGUCAGGACUACUGAACCUGCCAGCAAUAACCCGAACCAGAUCCCAUUCCACCGUCUCUAUGUUGCCCGCGAGGCCCUCGAGAAGAUGAACGGGUUCGAUCUCGCAGGUCGACCCAUCCGUGUUGGUCUUGGCAAUGAUAAGUUCACCCCUGAGUCCACUGCGAGCCUUCUACAGAGAUUCCAGGGCCAGAGUCACCAGCAACAGUUCCAGGGCUCCGCCUUCUCUGGCGCAGGCGGCCGCGGUCCUCAGGCCAGCGGAGGCGGCGGCGGCGGCGGCGCGUUCGAUAGGGCGGGUGGCCGCGAUGGCGAUAAGGGCACGGGAGGCGCCAGUGCCCUCGAUGAUACGGAUGUGGGGGGGGUUAAUUUCAAUAACUAUAGUAGGGAUGCGUUGAUGAGGAAGCUCGCCCGCACUGAUGAGCCGGCCCCGGCGACGAAUGGGAGGGAUGAUAGACGCGAAGUGGCGAGGCCGAGAACAGAGGUUAAGCCUCCUCCGAUCAAUGUUAACACUGCCAGUCGCUGCGUUGUUCUGAGGAACAUGUUUGAUCCUGCUGAGGAAACCGGUGAGAACUGGGAAAAAGAGCUCGAGGACGAUGUCCGCGCCGAGGCUGAGGAGAAAUAUGGUCACGUCGUUCACAUCUCUCUAGAUCCGAACUCGCAAGGCGACAUCUACCUCAAGUUCGACCGGGUCCAGGGCGGCGAGAACGCCAUCCAGGGCCUCAACGGGAGGUAUUUCGGCGGGAGGAUGAUCAGCGCUACGCCGGUUGUGGAUGCGGUUUAUAGCACCAUGUUCUCGCGCACCAAGGCUAUCUGAUUGAUGAUUGCUUGAUGAGUAGUACUCUCUGGGGUUUUGAGCUUGAGUUAGUUGCUAACAGUAGAUUAUUUGAGAAUUGAGAAUUGAAGUGAGGGUUGUGGGGGG